UUGAAUUCCAUAUCCCAUCGACUUCGAAUACCUUUUUCGAGUUUGCUUCAAACAAGCACACUAUACUUAAUAAACAUCUCCUUCCCGCUGCUCAAUUAUGUCGAUUUCUGUUUGAUUCGGUUGGAAAAAGAAUGGCGCUCUCCUGUGCAAUUUCGAACGAAGUGCCCGAACAUCCAGUUGUUUCGCCAGUCUCUGGCUCUAUUUUUGAGAAACGCCUUAUCGAGAAAUAUGUUUCGGAAAAUGGUGUCGAUCCGAUUACCGGCACAGAACUCGCCAUCAAAGACCUCAUUGACAUUAAAACUACACCACUUGUCAAGCCAAAACCACCGAGCGCCACCUCGAUUCCAGCAAUACUCAAAAUAUUACAGGACGAAUGGGAUGCCGUAAUGCUACACUCAUUCACCCUCCGACAGCAGCUACAAACUGCUAGGCAAGAAUUAUCACAUGCUCUUUAUCAGCACGAUGCAGCCUGCCGUGUAAUAGCGAGAUUAACCAAAGAAGUCACUGCCGCUCGCGAAGCUCUUGCCACUUUAAAGCCUCAAGCUGGCAUCGCACAGAUCGCUGCUAUUCCUCAACCAGCCGUAGCUGUCGAAGCUGGCGGAUUAGCUGCUCAACCAACCGAACAAGCCGGAAUAACCGAUGAUGUAAUUCAAAAAUUACAAGAAAAAGCAACAGUUCUGACACAAGAACGAAAACGACGCGGACGAUCGAUUCCCGAAGACUUGUUGCCACAGGAAAAUAUUCGAGCUUUCCAAACUCUUGCAUCUCAUCCUGGUCUUCAUUCUGCAAGCGUUCCUGGUAUUCUUGCAAUUGACAUUCACGGAGCUGAUACCAGCAAAAUAUUAACUGGUGGAGCUGACAAAAGUGCAACAGUUUUCAACAAAGACACUGAACAAGUUGUUGCGAUUCUGAAAGGUCAUACGAAAAAGGUAACGAGAGUCAUUUAUCAUCCAGACGAGGACGUUGUGAUGACCGCCUCUCCAGAUACUACGAUUCGUGUUUGGAACGUCGAAACGAGUCAAACAACACUUUUGUUGAGAGCUCACGAUGCUCCUGUUACCGGUCUUUCACUUCAUCCGACCGGCGAUUAUUUGCUCAGUUCCUCGUUGGAUCACCAUUGGGCGUUUUUGGAUAUUCGUACUGGAAGGUUACUCACCAAGGUUUCUGGUCCAGGAAGUCAGCCAUUAACGACAGCUCAAUUCCAUCCCGAUGGUUUGAUUUUCGGUACGGGAACUGCGGAUUCACAAGUGAAAAUUUGGGAUUUGAAGGAACAAUCAAACGUCGCGAAUUUCCCAGGGCAUUCAGGUCCGAUAAGGGCCAUUAGUUUCUCCGAAAAUGGUUAUUAUUUAGCCACAGCUGCUGAAGAUUCGUGUAUCAAAUUGUGGGAUUUAAGGAAAUUGAAAAAUUUCAAAACCUUGCAAUUGGACGAAGGUUAUGAGGUCAAGGAUUUGUGCUUUGAUCAAAGCGGCACGUAUCUUGCAGUCGCUGGCUCCGAUGUCAGGAUUUAUUUGUGCAAACAAUGGCAAGAAUUGAAGGUUUUGAACGAACAUACGGCAACGGCAACUGGUGUUCGGUUUGGAAAACAUGCUCAAUACAUUGCAUCGACCAGCAUGGAUAGAACUCUAAAAUUAUACGGUCUUCCUUGAAUCCAGACGAUUCAAAACAUUCAUUUACCUGUUUCAAGAUCCGAAACAAACUUCGUCUGAUCAUUUAUCUUAUUUCCGCAGGAAAAAACUUGUGGGAGUACAAGUUUUUAAUCUUGAAUGACAAAUUUGAUUUCGUGGUUGAUGACUCGUGAGCGAAAUUCCCUUUGACAGAGGAAGACAAGGCCGAAAGUAUCAAAACAUCGAUGAUUAAUUGUAAAUUGCGAAAAAUCUCGACCGAUGAACCUAAUUUCCACAAAUAAUGUAAAAUAAAUAACAAAGUCAUUUUUUAUGAUCUACCAUCGAAUUUAGCGAAAUAUUUUCAUUAUCCUUGAGAUUCUUCGGUUCAACUCAACCAAACAAUUACAAUAGUCUUUCUGUUAUUGCAUAAUGAAAAUAAUGCUAUAAACAGUGAGUUUUACGAGGAGCCCAAACAAUUUUAACAAUUUGAAACAAUAAAUCUUAUGAAUGGCCAUUUUUCUAUUCUCUCGUUUAAUAAUAAAUGUACAAUUGAAAAGUAUACGAAAAAACAUUCUUUGAAUUAUUUCAACAGAGACCACUUGAGUUGUUCCUUGGCAGAUUGCAAGACCUGUAAAAAUCAUGGGUUAUAUUCAAGUAUUUAAUCAUAAAAAUGACAUUCGAUGACAAAAAUGUGGAUUUUUUUACCUGUGCAACAGUUUGCUCGCUCAAAGGAAUUUCGUCUGUUCUGAGAGAUACUCUCUGAACUACACUUGCUGCAUCAGCAUCCAGAAUGACUCUGAAAUUUAGAAAACGUAGAAUAAAUCCUUCAUGAUUCAAUCUCAGGUUUCUUUAAGUCAGAAAAAUCAAAGAACUAAAUUGAAACUAUGUCAAAGAUAAUAAAAAAUUUGAGCGGUACCAAAGAUGAAUAGAAAAUUGAUAUACACACAAAUUUCAAAUUCCUAUUCGUUCAUAAGCAUAUGGAAAUGGAAAACGUAGAACCUGGAUGAGAAUAUAUCAUGAUUAUUAAGAACACUCACCCUCUGUCACAUAUUUCAUCCAUUGCCAACAUUACUAUACCAAGGCUGUCGAAAACGGCUCUCUUUUCCACAUUGCGACCCAGAAUGUGACUUACCGAGUCGUACAGACAAUUCAAAACGCUUAUUAAUAUGAGCUGCAAAAAUAAAUAAAUAUUGAAUUAAUCAUGUGUUACUUAUCAGUUAUGAAAAUUCAAUAGAUCAUUUCUCUCGUUGCUGAUGUCCACAUGAAUCUGUACAUUUACAUAAUCAUCAAGGAGAAUGAACAACAAAUAAAAAUUUUCAGGUGAAAAA